AUGGGCAACUGGAAAGAGGUUAUGUUCCGCUUUGCUGACGUUGACACCAUCCGAGUCAUUUACAACAGAAAAGCGGGCGCACCAAACAAAGACAAGGAGGAAUUCGACAAGUUCUUGAUGGGGAAGUCCAUGCAGUUGUAUAAAAACGUCAAUGGAUUUUACAAGUACAGUCCAGCAGAUAACAAAAGAAAUCCCAGCGUGGGUCUUGCCACCAUAUCCUCUUUGCACUUCUAUUCAAACUCGGAACCUUUUAGAGGCACGGAUAAGUGGCUUGACAUUUGGAAUACCGGUGAUAGCUCAAACAACUACAUCUACAGCGAUGACAGCAGGGCGCGGGGCACCAAAUGUAUCGCGGGCUACUGUUAUCUGAACAAGCCAAUCUGGGUGAUGGUGCGCUAG